ACACCAAUUAGGCAAAAUAAACCCCACGCAUCCACUCUCUCUCUCUCUCUCUCUGUUUUUCUCUCUACAAAAAAUCUCUCACAAAAAUGCAAGAAGCAAUACCUUACAAGUCAUGGCAACCACUUCACACCAGAGCCCACUUCAUCAACAAUAAUACCAAUAUACCUCAGCUUGUUUCAUCCAAAGCCUUAAAAGCUGAGGGAUCAGAAAAUAUUAUGUUAAACAUGGUGGCAGAGAAUGCAGUGAUAGUAAUUGCUAGGCGUGGGUGCUGCAUGAGCCAUGUAGUGAAGCGCUUACUUUUAGGCCUCGGUGUAAACCCUGCAGUUUAUGAGGUUGAUGAGAAAGAUGAGGUUGGGGUUGUUAAGGAAUUGGAGAUGAUUAGCAAUGGAAAAGAUGGGAAGGUUCAAUUUCCGGCAGUGUUUAUUGGGGGCAGGUUGUUUGGUGGAUUGGAUCGGGUUAUGGCUACACAUAUUUCUGGAGAGUUGGUUCCUAUAUUAAAAGAAGCUGGGGCCUUGUGGCUCUGACUCAUGCAAUUUUGUAACCUUUUUUUAAAAAAUUUAAUUUAAUUUUAUCUUUUCAACAAGUUUUUAUUUUUAUUUUUAUUUUUAUUUGCAACUUUAGAAUUUGUAUUAAAAGAAAUGCAGAUUUUUUUUCUUGUUUUGUUUAGAGGAUAAAAGUAAUAAAACACCAGUAGAUCAAGGGUCCGUUUGGUAA